UACCCAUAUCAAUAAUCCAAUGGUGAUCUAACACAAUUUGAGGGCAAUCAAACCUUACUACUCAAACAGCAACGGUCAGUUGAUAAAUCGAGGUAUAAAUGAAAUAGGAGUCGAGUGAAAAUGUCCUACAGAGCUAUUACUAUUCUACCGCCGACAUGAAUCGAGUCGUUCAACAAUGUCUUGACGCUCAUAACGAGUAUCGACGGAAACACGGCGCACCUCCGAUGGUAAUCAGCGAUUCGCUGAUGAGAAUGGCACAAAACUGGGCCCAAAAUAAUGCCAACCGACAAGACAUGGUACAUAGCACUGGCCGUGGCAAUAUCGGCGAAAACCUCUACUGUGCAUACCCAAGUUUUGAAGACGGCCGGAAACCUGUUGAAAAUUGGUACAACGAAAUUAAAGAUUACAGUUUUAACAGACCAGGAUUUAGUUCUGGAACUGGACAUUUUACCCAAGUGGUGUGGAAAGCGAGCAGAGAGCUGGGCGUCGGAUGGGCAACUGGAGGGGACGGCUGGACUUAUUUUUGUUGCAAUUAUUCGCCUUCCGGUAACUUUAAUAACGAUUACGCAGGAAAUGUUCUUCCGCCUGGUACUGUAAGUGACGAGCCGGAAGAAUCCAACGAAGCUGAAGAAGAAGAAGAAGCGGAAGAAGCAGAAGAAGAACCAGAAGCGGAAGAAGAACCGGAAGCUGAAGAAGAACCAGAAGAAGAUCCGGAAGUAGAAGAAGAAUUGACCAACACAAUUGACACAGCUAAAAAAUCUGAUUUUUAUCACCAAGUAUCACACAGGUCUAUUUGUUUUACCAUCCCACGCUAA